CCCCCCCUUUUUUCCCUUUUUGUUGAGGUAAUGUCACGUCUUGAUUUGGUUUUGGAAAGUAUUCUAUCAAGAUGAGGAAGUUCAUGGGUAAUAGGGAUUACUAUGAGUGAGUAAUGGUAAUUUUGGGUAGUUAGGACCUUAAAUGUGGCUCAGUGGAACCUCUUUACUUCGUCUGAUGUGUCUUCUGUAAUAACUCAUACUGGAUGAUGCAUAACAUGAUUGUAUAAUCUGUAGAACAAUGGUAGUCGCCAAUGCAGGCGACUGUCGAGCUGUGCUAGGGAAACGGGGUAGAGCAAUCGAGCUAUCUAAAGAUCACAAACCUAAUUGCAUGUCUGAAAGACUUCGGAUAGAAAAACUUGGUGGAGCCAUAUAUGAUGGUUAUCUUAACGGCCAACUAUCUGUAGCACGUGCCCUUGGAGACUGGCACAUGAAGGGCCCUAAAGGCUCUGCUUGUCCAUUAAGUUCGGAGCCUGAGUUGCAAGAAACAGUGUUAACCGAAGAUGAUGAGUUCUUGAUUAUGGGCUGUGAUGGGCUUUGGGAUGUUAUGAGCAGUCAGUUUGCAGUCACGAUGGCUAGGAAAGAAUUGAUGCUGCACAAUGAUCCAGAAAGAUGCUCAAGAGAGCUGGUUCGGGAAGCGCUGAAGCGCAAUACAUGCGACAAUUUAACUGUUAUUAUAAUUUGUUUCUCGCUUGAUCCUCCAUCUCGUAUAGAAAUACCACAGAGUCGGGUAAGGAGGAGUAUAUCGGCUGAAGGGUUGAAUCUUCUUAAAGGUGCAAUGGAAAGUAACUCGUGAAAGGAUAGAAAAGGGUCCUUUUCAGUAGUUUCCAUCCAGUGGUCUCAUAUUUUGCAAUUUGUAACUUUUGAAUCAUGUAUAUUUAAGUGAGGUGGUAUUGUAUCAAUUGGAUGAACAAAAUAUGUAGACCUUGAGCUGGUGUAGAAUGUUUUCUACUCAUGUACAGAAUUUUAGAAACCAUUCCAUAGUCCAACAUAAAUCUUUUACUCUUAACAAUUACUGAAUUUCAGAUUUGCGCAAGAUUUUUCCU